AGCUCAAGCUCGACGACAACACCGCUCACCAUCCCGCUUGCUGCUCCAAAGACACCACCCAUCCAACUGCUUCACCUCUCUGACUUGUCGACUCCCCUUCAUCCUCUCCUGCUGGGCCUUCGACAUCUUCAAGCAGUCCACCAUUUCGUGAAUAGACAGGCAUCAUGUUCAUAGCUCGGAGCGAAUAUGAUCGUGGCAUCAACACCUUCUCCCCCGAAGGCCGCCUCUUCCAAGUCGAAUACUCCCUCGAAGCCAUCAAACUUGGCUCCACAGCAAUAGGUGUCGCAACCGGCGAGGGUGUGAUCCUCGGCGUCGAAAAGCGCGUAACCUCCACUCUCCUCGAAACCUCCUCCGUCGAAAAGAUUGUCGAGAUCGACAGCCACAUCGGGUGCGCCAUGUCCGGGCUGCAGGCCGACGCUCGCUCCAUGGUCGAGCACGCCCGCGUCGAGUCGCAGAACCACGCCUUCCACUACAACGAGCCGCUGCGGGUUGAGAGCUGCACGCAGGCGAUAUGCGAUCUAGCGCUGCGGUUUGGUGAGGGCGCUGAGGGUGAGGAGAGCAUCAUGAGUAGACCUUUCGGCGUGGCGUUGCUUAUUGCGGGAUACGAUGAGGAUGGACCAUCGCUAUAUCACGCGGAACCCUCCGGCACAUUCUACCGCUACGAUGCCAAGGCUAUAGGAUCUGGCUCCGAAGGUGCUCAGGCCGAGCUCCAGAACGAGUUCCACAAGUCCCUCUCGCUCGAGGAGGCCGAGGUGCUGGUGCUCAAGACACUGAAGCAGGUUAUGGAAGAGAAGCUGGACUCGAAGAACGUGCAGCUAGCGAGCGUUACCAAGGCGAAGGGCUUCAGGAUCUACACGGAUGAAGAGAUGGCUGAGGUCGUGGGCAGAUUACCGACGAAUUAGUCGGAAUGAGAUCGCAGUCCUGUAGCAUAGCGAACAUAGAGCUUUUGGCCUGGUUCAUGAGGCGAAUUCAGAUUCACAGGUGAUAAGGUUUCAAACAAGACAGUUCCAUAUUUGAUUUUGUUAUUACUUUGAAUCCCCGCACAUCGAAAAUGUUCAUGAACUUGCCUGUAAGUUCUAAUCCCUCUCGUGUAUACUGACGAGAUCAUUAGUGCUCGGCCUACGGCU